AUGGAAUUCGACACCAUUAUCACAAACGCCCGAAUAAUAACAGCAUCAGAAGUCUAUCCCUAUCUCUGUAGCAUCGGCAUCACAUCCGGCAAGAUCAGCGCUAUAGCCAGCACUCUCCAACCCUCCCAAUCAACCCAAGUCAUCGACGCUGAAGGAGCAUAUGUCACACCUGGCGGCAUCGACUCCCACGUCCAUCUCCACCAAGACAACGCUUCCUCCGGCGACAAAUGGCUCUCCGGCUCCCGCUCGGCUCUCGCCGGCGGCAACACCACGAUCCUCGCCUUCGCGACUCAAGAGCACAAAGACGAAUCACUCUUCCCUGUAAUCGACGAAUAUCACUCCCGUGCACGCAAUCAGUCAUACAUCGACUACGGCUUCCACCUCAUACUCACCAAACCCACCCCUCACAUUCUCAACAAUGAACUCCCUAAACUCGCCUCCGAAGGCGGCAUCACCAGCGUCAAGCUCUACAUGACAUACCCCGGAAAGCGCCUCCACGAUGGGCAAAUGCUGGACAUCAUGAUGACCACCCGCUCCUUGGGCAUGACGACUAUGAUCCACGCCGAGAAUGCCGACAUGAUCGACCUCGUCACCCAACGCCUCCUCGCCCACAACAAGACCACUCCUUACUACCACGCCCUAGCUCGCCCUGCAAUAGCUGAGAGCGAAGCGACGCACCGCGCCAUCGCCCUCGCUACACUGACUUCCACGCCCAUCCUCCUAGUGCACAUGUCCACGCCCGUGGCGCUCUCCCAUGCGCGCAAAGCACAGUCGAAGUCCUUGUUGCCCAUUCAUGCCGAAACCUGCCCGCACUACCUUUAUCUCACUUCGCAACAACUCGCCUCGACGACCAACAUCCACCAGGAUCCCGAGACCAGCCACGUUCAUGAGGAGCAUGACGAAUGGGCUGGUGCGAAACACAUCUGCGCGCCACCCCUGCGACACUCUGAGGAUGACUUGCAGGCCGUUUGGGACAGCUUGAACAACGGGACUAUCACCGUCAUCUCCUCAGACCAUGCACCGACACGGUACGACGAUAUUGUAUCCGGCAAACAAAAGGCCGUUGAGGCCGCUCGUCUGAAGGGCGAUGGCUCGAAACCUACCUUCGCGGCUACACCCAACGGGCUACCUGGCAUCGAGACACGGCUUCCCGUACUGUUCCACGCUGCAACGAGUGACAAGGUACCAGCGGCACGGCGGAUCAGUCUGGAGAAGUUUGUGGCGGUCACGAGCACGAAUGCAGCGCGGCUGUAUGGGUUUGGGGACCGGAAGGGGGUGCUUGCGCCGGGGUAUGAUGCUGAUGUUGUAAUUUGGUAUCCCCAGGGGGACUCAAAGGGCAGAACAGUGAUCAGGAAUGCAAUGCUGCAUCACGCGAUCGAUUAUACGCCGUUCGAGGGCCAUGAAGUGGAAAAUUGGCCGAGACGGGUGCUUUUGAGGGGCAAGGUGGUUUGGGAUCGAGACGUCGAGCUGAGGGAUGGUCAUGGGAAGGGCCUGCUGGGUGGAGCGGGAGAUGGGCAGUGGUUGAGCAGACGAAAAGGGGAGGUAUUGGUUGGUAGGAGUGGUGGUGGGUGGGAAGUUGAGGGAAUGGGUUCAGGGGAAAGGGAGGCUUGGGGAUUGGCAAUUGGCAACACCCCCCUCAUCCGCCUCUCCGCCCUGUCCGCGCAAACCAAAUGUACCAUCCUCGGCAAAGCCGAAUUCCAGAACCCCGGCGGCAGUGUCAAAGACCGCGCUGCCCUCUACGUCGUCAAGGACGCCGAAGACCGCGGCCUCCUCAAGCCAGGCGGCACAGUCGUCGAAGGCACUGCCGGCAACACGGGCAUCGGCCUCGCACACGUCUGUCGGUCCCGGGGGUAUAAACUGGUGAUAUACAUGCCCAACACACAAUCCCAGGGCAAGAUAGAUUUGUUGCGGUUGCUGGGCGCGGAAGUCUACCCAGUGCCAGCGGUGGCGUGGGAGAAUAGCGAGAAUUACAACUGGCAGGCGAAGCGGCAUGCGGAGCGGGUGGCGAAGGAGGAUCCGGAGAAGGGUGCGGUGUGGACGAACCAGUUUGACAACACGGCGAAUCGGAGGGCGCAUGUUGAGACGACGGGGCCGGAGAUUUGGGCGCAGACGGGAGGAAAGAUUGAUGCUUUUACUUGUGCGACUGGUACUGGUGGCACGCUCGCCGGCGUCACCCGCUCCCUAAAAGACCUCUCCCAAAACCGCGUCAAAUCCUUCCUCGCCGACCCGCCCGGCUCCGUCCUGCACUCCUACAUCCAGUCCGGCGGCACUCUCAAAGAACGCACCGGCAGCUCCAUCACCGAGGGCAUCGGUCAAGGCCGCGUGACCGACAACUUGGCCCAAGAAGUAUCCGAACUCGACGGCUCAGUACACGUCCCCGACGAGGAGUCGAUAUUUCAGGUAUAUCGGUGUUUGGACGAGGAAGGAUUGUAUUUGGGGGCAAGUUCAGCGUUGAAUGUGGCGGCGGCGAAGCAGGUGGCGGAGAAGUUGGGGGAGGGGAGUACGGUGGUCACGGUGUUGUGUGAUGGGGCGUAUCGGUAUGCGGAUCGGCUGUUUAGUGAGAAGUGGUUGAAUGAGAAGGGGUUGAGGGGCGCGAUUCCGGAGAGGCUGGCGAAGUAUAUUGUGUUGCCUUGA